AUGUUGUCACAUGAAAACUGCUCAAAUGAAAACUGUACAAUCUUUAACUUUUUAAAGUUUCUGUGAAAUGGAAGCAUAUAAAAUCAAAAGAAAGAGACGACCAGUCUCGUGACUAUUUAUAAAAUGGCAGGUGACGUUUGUUCACUAUCAUUAUUAAUUCAAGAGUAGUCAGUUCUAUAUCUUUUGUCCACCCUACUUACUUUAAUGAAUGAUAUAUUAUGAAUAUUGCAUUGUAUAAAUCAUCCCUUUCUAUCGUUAAGAACAAUGAACGUUAAAAAAAAAAAAAAAUCAAACAAGUUACCUGGCAUCCAAUUUUAAAGAUGUUUGUAAUUUUGACUCGAGCAGAUUCAUGCGUUUUUUGGUUCUUCGUAAUUAUGAUAUUUCGCGUAAAAUGCGAAAUCGUUGAUGGCUCGAAAAGUUUAAAGAGGAGUAAGAACGGUCUUGCCUACGCAAACUUUGCAGCUCUAAAAUCUUCCUACCUAAACAUUACUCCACUCGUCACUGUCAAAGUGACAGGGGUUGGUGAAUGCGGUAAGCUUUGUGUUGAUCAUUCAUCGUGUUUCUCUGCUAAUGUUGCGGCGUAUUUUCUUCACAAGGAAGGAGGAAUUUUGUGUGAACUGUUACGAAGUGAUAAAUACAACAAUUCACACAAGUUUGUCGUCAGUUCAAUGUUUAAUCACUUGAGCAUAAAGGUGGGUAACGAUAUACUGACUUAGCUUGUAUUUUACUUAAAGGCUAAGAAUAUUUGUUGUGGUCAAAAAUACGCAUAUUAUUUAUUCUGCCUUGAUGGAUUCGUCCACGGCCAAGUUUUAAGUUUCCAAUUUUAAUAAGCAAUAAAUCUUAAUUGCGUAAUGCUCAGACCCCACUAAGACGAACAAUAGUAGAAAUGGCAUGAGGCGUUUUAGACCGGCGUACCAAGAACAAAGAUAAAGAGUCACAAAAAAUAGUUCACCAUAACAUAAACUCAGUGAGUUACUUCAACAACAACAUCUUUUAUUUAAACUUUUUUAAAAAAACUUUUUUUUUCAUCAUUGGUUGAUUAAUUGAUUAAAUUCUUCCAAAUUUGGUCAACAGUAGCUGGUUAUGGUGAAUCAAGAGUGUGCUUUUAGCCAAUCAGAAAUGGAGAUAUAUAAGUUUUUAUAUCGUCAAACACUGAUGCAAUGUAGAAGGGUGUUUGUUCCAUGUCUGCUUUAAAAUUCUCUGUAUUAAAUUGUUUAAAGUCGCACUUCAAAUCUUUGAAGUGCGAUAGAUGCUUCGGAUCAUUAUACUUUUCUUGAAAACUGCCCACCUAACCCUUCCUUAAGCCAACAUUAACAAUUACUUCUCACUUAGGGCAAAAUGAUGACUUGGGGGAGGGGCAGGUGUGCAGUUUCCCAGAAAGGUAUAAUUUUAACGUCCUCAAUAUUGACAAAAUAAAGUCAUAAACACCAUCAACAUAAACGUCAUAAACGACUCUGUUAGGGUUUUUAAGGCUGGACUCAGGAUACUUGCAUAGCAAGUACUGCAUGAGGAGUAAUACAUUUUCAGGAAGAAAGCAAUUUUUCAGGUUUAUGCAUGAGAACACUGAUUGGUUUUGGAAUCUAGGUUGGGGUUUUCUACCCUGUAUUCGACGAAUUUUUUUCACAUCACAGACAGCAUCGACCACAUGUUCCGAUCAUGCCUCCUUGAGGUCGAACCCCUUACUCUUUUACAUAGCAUUUCUGACAGAAAAGGUCCUUCUAUUAUACCUUCUAUUGACAAAUGGUACUACUCCUUCCAUAUACCAAGUUUAGAACUUCGCGUCCCUUCUAACUUCUGUAGACUUCUGUAAAUCGGCACUGUUAUUAAACUAUACAUAAAUCACAAAACAAGAACGUGUACUCGACUUUUUCAGAGCCAUAAAGUGCAUCUGUUGGUUAGCCCUUAAGGACCUUUUUACCGACCGAAAUGUCAGAUUUCCCUGUCCUUUACCCGGUAUAUCCCCUCGCAUAGGCCAUUACAGGGAGUAUCUCUCCCGCCUCCCCCUUGGGUCCUUUCAGGCAGAGGAAACUCACCGAGUAAAAUAAUGAAAACAUUUAACAGGCUGGGGAGUUUCUUGUGGUAGUUUCGGGCUGUCGGUCUUCUUCGUCAGGAGAAAAUGAAUGAAUUAACGGGUCACAAUAUACGUGAAAAGAAGGGUAUCAAAAAAAAACCAAAAAAAAAAAACUACCCAAUGGUGAAAUCUAGCCUUCGAACGGCAGACGUGUCUCUUCGCUCAUCGUCGCUAAGGUUCGUUUCGCGAGGAGGAACGUCUGCGACUCAGCGACAGAAAUUCCAUACUGAUGACGCAAAAUCUGUCCAGAAUCCGGUCAGAAGCGCUAAUUGGUCGACGGAGUAGUUUCAUUGUUCUAGCUAUUGUUUACGAAUGACAGACAAAAGCACAGGGUCCAGAGGAGAUUUGUUUGUCGUUAGAACAUCAAAGCCCGUCGAAAACCUCCGAAGAAAUGGGUUAUUUUGAUCGCGUUACAGUUUCGUUACACAUUCUAUAGACCGCAAACCAAGAGACUGAGGGCUCGCAAGAACGGCUUACAGUAUAAAAUACGGAAAGGGAGGAAACAAAUUUGGGGCCGAUUUUCGAAUCCCUGAAACUCAAAUGAAAUUGAAUGAAAUCGCCUGAUUUUACUAACCUGAUCUAGAAUUCUUAUGUAUUUGCCAAAUACUGUAGGAAAACGGCAUAAGAAAGCGUUCAAAUUCAUUUUCGGCGACCGAAAUUUACGGCUUCUCGAGAGCGCUUUCGUUCGGUGUGCACCGCAACACGGUGGUGACGGAAAUGACGUAGUAAAGUAAAUGUGUUCAAGAUCGGAGCAAUAAAAGGGAAGCCUACACGACCUUUGCCUCAUGCCAAAAUGCUGCUCGUUCCAAUAAAGUUUUUUUCCUUUGCUGGGUAGAUUAUGCUCUGGAAGGUUCUACAGCAAAUGUGAUUUUAGCGGGGAUUUUAGCCGCAUGUUUCACACUGAGAGGUCAUGACACAUAUCGAUUUACUGUGGUUAUUGUCUCUGGUCGGCAGGAUUUACCCGCUGAUGCAAGCGCAUUUUUUUUACCUCUUUUGAAGCGUAAAGCUUUUUAUUACGGCUGAACAAGGGUUCCAGUUUUCUCCAAAGUGCCUUCUGGAUCUGAAUAACUAAGCGAUUUUCUCUAGUCCGUGAAUGUAAUGUUUUUCUUCAAUGCUGUAUCACGCUGGGACCAGCUUGUUAGUUUUGUUUGGGGAAUGUUAAAUUAUUACGGAUAGUGAUUUACGGGUCUCGUGUACUCAUGCAAUAAAAAGUGACACUGAGUAGAGCGGGCGUACAAGGCAACUGUAAUAUCAUCACGACUGUGCCAUUCUUCGGUGGUCCAACUAUAUUACCUCUUGCGUCUUUGGCAGUGCGUUUUGCGACUACUGGGAAGCCUUCGCACAAACAAAACCUGCUUAAGACAUCGAAGACUGUUGAAACGUACAAUGUCCAGUCUUGAAAGAUCUUCACUUCAAUUAAAACUCUGUUGCCUUCGCACAGAUCUCUGAGAUCUUAAAAACUCUCUCCGCAGCUGAUGUUUUGAUUCUCGAAUUAGCAUCAGUCUGUUGCUUUUGCGUUUCCGGUCUCAUUCACUUCCGUCACCGAGUGAUGCGGUUCACAGCGAACGAAGACACGUGGUACAAGUUUCCUCCCUUGUCCUUUCUUUUACUCGGCACUUCGGGCGACGGCCUUCGUUCACCCUUCGGGCGACUUGCCGUGCGCCGGCGAGGAUAUGGCUUGCGGUCAUCGAUUUUCAAAAGUCGAUCAUCGUUUACACUAGCCUGCGCGCAGACGAAAUUAAACUCUGGUUAACUUUAGUUAUCGUCUGCACGCAGGCUACGUUUACAGUAGAUUUAUAAAGAUGCCAUUGGGCUAAUUAAUCGUGCUAAGCGACACUGGUAUAGACAUUUUUCAAGGUGAGACUUUAAAUAAGUAAUUCAUUUAUUCACACGAAACUCCUCUGGACCCUGUGACAAAAGGCGGCAAAGGUCAAAUGUAAACGCGAUGAAUCUCUAACAAAACAGUCAAUAUUUGUAGAAUAUAGUCUUCUCUAGAAGAAGCAUUUGAGUUUUGUUGGAGCUCAUUAGCAGAUAAACACAACACUUUUCCAAAAUCGACCAGGAGAACGUAAAAUUGAACAAAUUUGCAUUUGGGACCCCAUGACUACCGGAUUUAUUAAGUAAACAUUGAUUUACGUCAUCAGUGUGGAAUUUCUGUCGCUGAGUCGCAGACGUUCCUCCACGCGAAGCGUCACUCAGCAGCGAUGAGCGAGGAGAAACAUCUGCGGUUCGCAGGCUAGGUGAAAUCCUAUUGUUUACACAAACAACUGUUCUUCCCAGAACGGAUUGCAUUCCCCAAUUAAACCACCGCCAAAAAAGUCUCCUUCUUACAAGGCUGGUCCAUUAUACAAUUCCACAUAUGACAACACGGGCCAAUUUGUACAAGUGCUGUUGCUUUGUUAGAUACAUUCGUUAUAACGAGUCUGUAAGGUAUCACUAAGCCUUUUCUGGUCGCUAAUUCUCACUGUUAGAGCCCUGAACGUCACAUUUAUCAAAGCACUGAAAGCGUUUCCUGAUCUCUCAGACUCCAUGAGACAAUAAUAUUCAAAGAGCUUGUUAGCUAGGUAUGAUUUUUGACAAGUUAAGGACACGACACAUCUGAAGCUAACGUAGGUAGGGUUAGCGGGUUAGCCUUGAAACAGACUGUCAAUUAAUGAUGACAUCAUUUGUUUGUCCUUUUUUUUAUAUAAAUCAGACUCCCUGCUUCAAUGACCCUUGUUUGAACAAUUCAACUUGUGUGGCCAGGUACGAAGAUGACUACUAUUACUGCGCAUGCGCUUCAGGAGUCAGAGGGAAAAACUGUGGUGACAUAGGUGAUCAUGAUUACCGAAAUACCGAACCUACUUAAAAAAAGCAGCCCACUUCAAUAAGUGCCGUCUUCGAACAAGAAUCGCAGCAAGACAAAAUUAUCGGUUUUUAUUGGAUUUUUUUUUAGACAAAAAAUAUACCGUAUAAAAUUCCGAAAAUAAGCCCCUCUAUGUAUAAGCCCCUCCAAAUAUAACUACCCAAGCUCGUAACGCAAGAAACCUUCCGUUAAAUCGCCCCUCCAAAUAUAAGCCCCCCCCGGGGGUCUUGUACUUGGAAAUUGUUUUGUGGUACAACGUAAAACAAAGAAUAGCAGUAAAAUUUCUUUCCAAAAACAAAGCUAGCCCAAUCAAUUUUGAAACGGAAAUUUGCCUCCGUACAUUAGCCCCUCAAAAAGAACGUUUGAAAAAUAUAAGCCCCGGGGCUUAUUUUCGGAAUUUUACGGUAAUGUAAUGGGUAAUAGACCCUAUUCGCGAUACGCCAUAUUUGCUUGCCCUUUAGGGUAGAUGGGAUAAAAGCAAUGUCACGUGGUUGCUUGAGGGCAAAAAGAUUAUAAAAUUUAUCAGUACGAGUAUUAAAUCACGGGUGAGUGUUUUUAUUCUCUCGAAAUGAAAUAGCGACUUUAGUCAAGCAAAAUGUACAGAUAAAUUUUCGUCAAUUUGACGGACUACGACUGCGGUUUAACAUGCUACUGGGCAUCAGAACCACGAGGCUUUUCCUGCGAGAUAAGAUCACAUGCAAAUUGUUUGCAUUGUGUUGUGGAAUGAACAUGACAACAAGAAAAUCUUUGCUUGUUUCCCUUUCUCUUCUCUCGUGGUCUACUGCAUACUGCAAUCCUAACGUUCUAUUUUUGCACUACUCAACCCAAAGCUACAAAGAAAAGACAACGCUCGUCCAGUCGUAGUUCGUAGUCCGUAGUCGCCGUAUCUUAAAGUCCCUGUCAGCCGGCCGCCGGAGGAGACCUCUAGAUUCGAGGACGAGGACGACUAGACGGACGAGAUUUAACGAAAAGUAUUUUGGCGUAUUCUCAAAAAAAUUGAUACCCCGGAAAGGCUUCAUUGCACUUUUUCCACCAGAAAGUUGGCGAUGUAUUGACAGUUUUUAUCAGUUGUUUACCCCCUUAGAAAGCACAUGACAAGGCUCUUAUCCCAUCAGUCCGUAAUCGUGGGCAUGCAAGGAUGGCUGAAAUAGACCUUUACAGGCUACUUUUGUAACAUUCUUAUGCCGUUUUCAUUGUUUAUGAAGAAAAGAAAGAAAACGAAACAAGGUAAACAUAUUUUUAUGUUAUUCAAACUGAUAACACGGCGUGAAUCGGAGCACGGAUUAUAAAAGCCCCGGACGCCUUAACAACGUCUCUUUCAAAUGAUCGCUGCACUUACAAGCUAACUAUUGCAGUUUAACAUGAAGUACAACUUAUACAUGUAUUUUUCAGCAACCGACUGUAGUGAUAUUAUCAGUCAAGGCCAUUCCACAGGAGACGGUAUGUACUGGAUUGUCCCGGAUGGAGGAAGCCAUUCAAACGCAUUCCUAGCUUACUGUGACAUGACGUCAUACAAUGGAGGAUGGACCACGUGUUACACUACUGAUGAAUACGCCAAACCCAGAACUGAAGUCGAGUAUAAUGCUUUAUUUCCUUAUGGAACUGACGGGUACAGAACGAACUGCAACGAUAUCGAAGUAAGUAAGUUAUAUUUCUUUAUGGGAAAGAAAAACUGAAAAGAUGGGGUUUCCUUAAGGCUACUUUUUUAUUUUAAGGUUACCUUCUUUCAACUGAUAGAAAACGUUAAAAGACAAUGUUCUGGGAAACGAAAAAAUGUUCUUAUCUCACAUAUAACUGCCUCAUCAAUUUUUCUUUUCUUUUCUCCCCAAAUUCCCUUUGUCGUUUUUGAGUUUCUUGAUUCUUCAUUUAGACGGAGGCACGACUUUUUCUUUCAAAACCGUUAUGAAUCGUCUUUUCGCUCAAAUUAAUUAUAAGCAGAAGAUUAUGGGCCCAGAGCCUCCAUCCGCUACCAAUAAAUUUCACAGUGUGUGAAGUUCUAUUUUUAGAUUUCUUCAUCCGCGAAAAUUUGUUGUGUUCACAAACGUCCAUACUAAUCCAAUAUGGCGGCAGAUUCCUCUUUCAAGGUUCUUCAACGAAUUAAACUUUGUUUGCUUGGCACUGGGUACUCCUCUCCUUUGCUAAACUCAUAAAUUUUUUAAGCAAAAGAUUAAUCUGUGAACAGACGGACUUUUUAUAAACUUGGCAUGACUAGCUCGGUCGAUGGAACCGCGCUCGACUGUAGAGUGGGAGAUCGCUACUUUGAUUCCCGGGACCGGACCAAUACUCAGGGUCUUAAACAAUCUGAGAAAUAAGGGUACUGUCUUUGUCCUGCAAACGGCUAGACUUUCGCCUGGCCUGGAUGACCACAGAAGAAGAAUGAUGUUUCGAUCUCCCGUAAGAGCAAGUAAAAAUAGUGUCCUCAAAAAGUACUUUCGUGCUAAAUACACACUCAAGUAAAGAACAUAUUUUUUACAGAUCUAGCACAAUUAGUCAUUGUGCCUUUUGUAAGUGAAUUAUCUCUCAGUAUCUCCUGUAACAUUAAGUAUUAAGUCAAAUAACAUGACACAACUUUUCACCUGCAUUUGUCAAUCCUGCCAAAAGUAGUGUAACAUUACACAUUGCAAUGAUUAGCCUUGCUAUUCGGCAAUUAAAUGAUUUAAGAUUGAAGAAUUUAGGUUAAAGAUGUACGCUCUGAGGCGGUGGCAUUCUGAGAUAUUUAAGAUAUACGUAUUUAUGUUAAUUUGGAAGACUUAAGUGUCAACAGACAUUACUCUCCGAUUGUAAUGUGGAUCGGUUGUAGUCGUUAGCUUGUAAAAAAAAAUGCAGUUCGUUGAAAACUACUUAUAUCUUAAUCUUUCUCUCCCAAGUUCACAGAAAUCAUCUUCAUAGAUCACCAAACUGGAAACAAGGCAUUCUUUAAACGACGUAAUCAAGUACCCACGAAGGCCGCUAGUAACUAUGGGACCUUUGCUGACAGACUUGGAUUGUGGAACGGAGUAGGGGCUAAUAACACUUACCCCUAUCAGCUACUGAUCUGUGAUCAUGCCUUCUAUUCGGGCUUUUUUCUUUCCGGGUACACAGAUUGUUACAAGAAGUGUAACUGGUGGUGUGGGGAUACUUUUUCUAUGUAUUUCCGUACGGCAUCCACUGAUACGCGUUACAAAGGUGUUGCCUUUCACGUCAACGGUCAUUCUCCUAACAGUGUAAGCAAUAGACUGAUCAGUAUUGGCCUGCGCUAA